UAUAUCCGAGUUACUUCUACUUUCAUUUUCUUCCAAUAAUUUUUCAAAGCUGUCCAUGUGUACAUACGAUAUUCCGUUUAGUACUAUCUUAUCGCAAGAUUAUACAAGCUGUUUCGUAACACCGAGAAAGAUCUUGCAGAGCUAUCGACUAGUUGGAAACGCCUCUAAGAACAAGUUGCGAGAUCCGGUUCUGUAUAUAAGCGCUCGAUUUUCUUCAGCGAACGAAAUGAGACGUACAGUCAGCGAGGGACAUGCUACCGCGUUCGCGAUCACAACAACACGUUGUAAUGUGUUAGGAACACGCGAGUAACGAGCAAUCAUUUCUCAGUGAUCUCUUCGACGAAUCAUCUACUCGCGUUUGCAACAUUCGGAUCCAAGGAAAUCAGAAAUUCAGCACAUUGUUCAGCACCGCCUCUCCAAAAGAAGAGGAUCUUACAACGAGAAAAGAUUAUCCAAUAUCCAAACUUCAGUGUGACUACUUCAGACCAAGUCGAUCCGGAUCUGCAUAAACAGCAAGACUCGCAGCGCCGCUCAUUUAAGCCCCUUCCUGAGAAGCAGCGACCACCUCGACGAGCGUCCGCGGAGUUAAUAACAUAGGAGAAGGAAAUCACGCGAUUGAGGUAAUGAGAAUGGCAAAGUGCCGUGGUUGAUAUAUAUAUAAAACGUUAAGAUUUCGAGUGAGAGCAAGAUGCGCGUACGUGUACAGUUAUUAAAGUACACAGACGGAUGGGGUCAUAUGUUCUUAUUAAAUGUCUCAUGUAGUUAUUUGGUAAAUUAACGGGCAACAACUGGAGCAUGGCUGACGAAGGGUUUGACAUUUCUGAAGGGGAUAAUAAUACUGUAGAGGAGAGCAUUGUCGGUAGCGAAGAUGAACGCGAUGACGAUAAGUUUAAAACUGAUAAAAUUCCGAUUAUAACAACCACGAAAAAUGCUUUAAUAACGAAAGUGGGAUCAUGUGAUGUAUAUCCGUAUUGCGUCAAAGUUUCGAUUAUAGGUACAAGAAAAGUUGGAAUGGCCUGUGCCAUAGCAAUCUUGAUGAGACGUAUAGCCAGUGAAGUUUGUCUGAUUGAUCAAAAUCAGGACAAGGCUUCUGCUGAAGCCGAAGACAUUCGGCACGCUGGUGUUUUUCUAGGAUGUCCAUUGAUAAGUGGCACAUCAGAUGUCUACAAAGUCAAAGACUCAACCGUAGUGAUAAUCGCGGUUUGCGAGAAAAAGCCCGGCGAAGAGCUAAAUGUAAAACACAACGUCGAAGUGUUCAAAAAGAUCGUUCCUACUAUUGCAAAGUUGGCCUGUAAGGCGGUGUUACUCGUCGUAACUCAACCGAUCGACGUGAUGUCGUACGUCGCCUGGAAGUUAUCCAAAUUUCCUUCAAACAGAGUACUUGGCACGGGGACUUUGCUUGAUAACUCUAGGUUUCAGGAUUUACUAAGUCGGAAGUUGGGACUAGCGCGCACAUCGAUUAGUUGUAUGAGUAUCGGCGCCCAGGGUGACACGUCUGUUUCCAUAUGGUCGAGCAUUCACGUUGCGGGUACGAAGAUACGCGACAUAAACCCAAGAAUGGGCGAAGCGGAUGAUCCCGAGAAGUGGCGUGACAUCUCCGAGGCUGUAAAUAAAACCGAGGCCGAACUUAAUCGGAAGAAGGGCGAGAAAGGGCCGAGUUGCUGGGCUCUCGGCUUCUGUACAGCUGAGAUCGUCGACGCCAUCGUCAGAAAUACUAAAGUAGUAUUGCCAGUAUCGACAUACAUACAUAGUUGCUCCCACGGGACUGACAAAGAUGUAUAUAUGUCGGUCCCCUGUGUUCUCGGACGAGAGGGUGUAUGCGCCACGGUGCGACAGAAGCUGAACAAUCAAGAAAAGACAGCAGUGCAACGAUGCGCCGAUGGCAUCCGCAAUGUGUUGCGCGAGUGCGGCAUUCUUCGCGAAUCGACGAACGACGCUGAAGAGUGACGUUCGGUCGAAGGCAAGAGGAGGAUGAGAAGCGGAUAUUACGCGACGGAAACUGCGAGAGAAAGGGAAA